AUGGAAACCACCGGUGAUUCCAGACAAGCAUCCCCCGACCCUGCAGCGACGCAAGCAGUCUCCGCCGUCUCUUUUCGGCUUCCGCAAUUCUGGCCUGCUGAUCCGUCUCUCUGGCUAGCGCAAGUAAACAGCCAGUUUGUCACGGCCCGGGUAACGACUCAGACAACAAAAUUUCACCACGUGGUGUCCGCGCUUCCAGCGGAGAUCGCCAGCGAAAUCAGAGACCUCAUUCUGGCCCCACCGGAGACGAACCCCUAUGAGAAGUUAUCGGGCGAGCUCCUGAAACGCACUUCAUCUUCAGAGAGGCAGCGCCUUCAACAGCUGCUUUCUGCUGAAGAACUAGGCGACCGUAAGCCUUCACAGCUUUUGCGCCGUCUUCAUCAGCUACUUGGUGAUAAGGCCACCUCGUUCGAUCAGGACCUGCUACGAGAGCUCUUCCUACAGCGCCUGCCUUCGACCGUCCGCAUGGUGCUCGCCGCUGCAGCGGACAUGUCCCUGGAAAAGCUCGCGCAGCUUGCCGACACCGUGAUGGAAUUCGACUCCCCAACCAUGUCAGCGAUCGCGACUACUUGCACAAGUGAGGCAUCUCGCCCUUCGCCACCAGACCUGCAAGCCCUACGCGACGACUUUCGCAGCCAGAUCGAACAGCUAUCCGCUCAGAUAGCUACUUUGUCUGCGCGCUCUCGAUCCUCUUCCCGCCGGCGCUCCUCAUCACAGCCUCCGCAUGCCGGCGAGUGUUGGUAUCACCGGACCUUCGGUGAAGCCGCCCGAAAGUGCUCAUCUCUCUGCACUUUCUCGGGAAACGCUCCGACUCACCACUAG